AUGCACCAAGGUGACCCCUUUGCACAAAAAUAUGCACAGAAACGUGAAAGAAAGUGGGAGGGGAACGCCCCUCUCCUUAUCAACACAAAAGACAAGAACAAAAUUAGUGCAGAGAAAAAUAUAACACAGUUAAAUUUAGAGAAGUGCGAACAGGCAUCAAUUUUACUGGACAAUCUGAGCACAUUUGAGGAGAUAGGUACGAUUGAAGAGGGGCGAUUUUAUAAGGACAAUCCACUCGAUCAUGCGUCUUUGUUUAACUGGCAAAUGACGAAUGUGAAGGAGAAGUCCCCCUUGCGUGGACAACUCACAGAAGAAGAUUUGAUCUCAGAACUAUAUAGAUAUGUAGGUGUGCCUGGGGCUGACAAGGGGGUUGUCUCUGAGUGGAUUCCCUAUACGAGGGGUAACCCCAAAAGGGGAGAAAACAUAAGUUACUUUUCCCACAUGGAAAAUGGUGAAGAGGUGCCAAGCGGGAAUUACAAAAGGGGAAAAAACAGAAGACAUUCGCCAAGGAGUGACUCCCUCACAGCGCAUCACAACGAGAAGACACAAAGUGCGUGUGCUAAAGAGGGAAACAAUGUUAAGGGAAAGAAAAAGACGAACACAAAUAAAUACGUGUUCAAUUUGAGGACAGCUAAGAAAGAACUGAUAAAAGACAAAAAAGGAAAUUUUAACAACGCAGAAAAGGCCAUUACGUAUGUAAACAAAUGCGAUAGGGAUGUAAUAGAAUAUAGGAAGGAAAAGAAGUUGAAGGAGCAGAUACGGAUGCAUGAGGAGGAGAAGGAAAAAAUGAAAAGCAACUUCGAAGAGAUGAUAAAAGACAUAACAGAAAAAUAUCAAACACAGGAAGAAAAAAAAAAAAAAUUAAUAGGAAGCAUUUAUAGCAAAUAUAUGAACAUGCGAAAUGAGUUCAGCAAAAUGAAAAGUAUCACUGAAAAUGUAAAAUCGGAAAAUAAAAAAUUUAAAGAGGAAGUAAACAGAUUAACUGUCAACCCUGUGGAGAAGACCCUCCUGGAUGGAUAUAAAAGCAAGCUAGACGAGUACAUAGUCUUAGCUAACUGUAAGGGGAAUAAAAUUCAGCAGUUGGAAAGGGAAUUGCAAUCUGUUAGAACCUCCGCAGAGUUGCUAGCCAAAAAAAACGCAACUCUGGUGGAGGAUAAAAGACGCUUACUCAAGGGCAGUGAACAUUUAAAAAGGGAUAACAUACAGCUGCAAAGGGACUUGGAAAAUGCAAGACGGGAGAACCAACAACUGAGGGACGAACUAUUCUACAAGGACAUGAAAAUGAACUACCUGGUCAGCAUCUUGAACGUGCUCGAUGAGACGAUCCUGGGCGACGGCGGGUGCAGAGAAGUUCAAAGGGGAAAAACGGCUCACAGGGGAGGAGCGGCUCAAAGGGUGAAAGCAACUCAGAAGGGGGGACCCGCAGGGAAUCACCAAACGGACAAGCACACCACUGCAAACGGUGCGAAAAAAACUGCCCAGCGUGACGCCAAAGCGGAGGGGUGUGCCAUCCAAAAGAUGAACAAGAAAAUAUUGAUCAAGUCGAUCGUCCAAAAAAUAAAAGACAUAAAUAAGAAGAUCCGCAAAGAGGAAGAAAAAACGGUGGGAACGGUACAAAGCAACGUGGCGGUCGUCGAAGAGGAGACAUCUGCAGAGGUCCUAACACGGAGUGACAAACACGAAGGAGGGGGAAACCAAAAUGAAAGUCGCCAAUUAUUGGAAGCCUACUUCAAUUGCAACAACUUUACUCUGAACGAUAGUGCACGGGAGGCGUCAACGGGGGAAAAUACACACGCAGCUUUUUUCGUGAAUGGUGGUAACACAGGGGGCAAGCCUUUUAACCACUGUGCAGAUGAGUUGGACCAAGUGGGGAACGACCUCAGUGUUGUUGUCUCGGUGACGGGGGUGGACAAAACAGCAGAACCGAACCACGACGCGGAGUAG